AGUGAGAUGGGGACAUGUAGUCACAGGCUGUUAAGGUGGGAGCAGUGGUCCUCAGGCCUGAGUGGGCCCUAGUCACCCCUAGGGAGCCUGUUUAUCCAUGCAGAUUUCCAGAGCUGCCUGAAAUUCAGACUUGAAGUUGCUGAGAUCUUCAUUUAGCUGGGAAGGGGGUGGGGAGAAUCUUCAUUUUUAACAAGUUUAGCAGACUGGUACAGGUGACCUGCAGCCCCUGCGUUCGGUGAGGGAUUGGCUUCCAGGGCUUUGGAGGUAGUAGGUGAGGUGGGGAGGAUGGACCUGGCUGACCACCUACCGUGUGACCUGGAGUGGGUUGCAUCUUCACAGAGUGUGUCUGCAUCUCUUAACACCAUGAAGUCAUGCGGGUUCAAGGACAUGGACAAAAGGUUUUGCACAGUGCUGUAACAGCCACCAUUUACUGACCUCUGACUCUAAACACAAAAGAGGUCAUCGGUGUGAAUGCCAAGAAGAAGGAAAUAAUGCCGGUGAACAUUUCUUGAGUAUUUACUGUGUACAAUCCCCUGUGCUAAAUCCUUUCUGUGGAUUAUUCUCGAUGAAAUGUUACAACACCCUGAGUAGGUGCUAUUAAUGGCCAUUCUACUAAUGAACUGACUGAGCCACAGAGAUGUUAAGUAACUUGCCCAAGGUCACGCAAAUGUGUAACUCUUCAGAGACUGAGGGAGGGAGGACGGGAGUGGGAAGGAGGAGAAGCAGAUUGUUGAGGGAGCGGCUCAAGAAGAGGAAUCGACCCCAACGCCCACCAGGUAUCUGGAACCCUUCAGCUUCGGGGACAGUUAGCGGGGAUGUGGGGGGGGCACUGGGUUUCGCCCCGGGGAAACGCGCUGGGAGGACUCUCCCACCUCGUGGGUCGGAGUUCGAAUCUGUGUAAGGUUCCUGGCCUGCUCGAGGCUGCUCCAAUGGGAUGGGGGCCACCCGCAGGGCCGGGCGGGGCUGUGUUGCCAUCUGGAGGCGCUGCGCCGCCGGCCACAGUGAAGGCGCGAGCAGCAAGAGUGCGCGCAGGGCUGGAGGGAGAGCAGCCUCCGCCGCCAGCGCCGCGGCGGCACAUGGGCCGACCCCGCCGCCGCACCUAGCAGCUCCGGCGGACCCCGUCUCGCAGCCUGCCGCAGCUCCGGCCAGCCGACCAGCCAUGUCGCUCAGCGGAGCCUCUGAGCGCAGCGUCCCGGCCACCAAGAUUGAAAUUACCGUGUCCUGCCGGAACCUGCUGGACCUCGACACCUUCUCCAAGUCCGACCCCAUGGUGGUGCUUUACACGCAGAGCCGGGCCAGCCAAGAGUGGCGGGAGUUCGGACGGACCGAGGUGAUCGACAACACGCUGAACCCAGACUUCGUGCGCAAAUUCGUCCUCGACUACUUCUUCGAGGAAAAGCAAAACCUGCGCUUCGAUGUGUAUAACGUCGACUCCAGAACCAACAUCUCCAAACCGGAUUUCCUGGGACAAGCGUUCCUGGCCCUGGGAGAGGUGAUCGGAGGCCAGGGCAGCCGAGUAGAGCGACCCCUCACGCGUGUACCAGGCAAGAAGCGUGGCACCAUAUUGCUGACCGCAGAGGAGCUUAGCAAUUGUCGGGAUAUUGCCACCAUGCAGCUGUGUGCAAACAAGCUGGACAAGAAGGACUUCUUUGGGAAAUCAGACCCCUUCCUCGUGUUCUAUAGGAGCAAUGAGGAUGGCACGUUCACCAUCUGCCACAAGACGGAGGUUGUGAAAAACACGCUGAAUCCUGUGUGGCAGCCCUUCAGCAUCCCUGUGCGGGUAUUGUGCAAUGGAGACUAUGACAGAACAGUGAAGAUUGAUGUGUACGACUGGGACCGGGAUGGAAGUCACGACUUCAUCGGUGAGUUUACCACCAGCUACAGAGAGCUAAGCAAGGCCCAGAACCAGUUCACAGUGUAUGAGGUACUUAACCCUCGGAAGAAAUGUAAGAAGAAGAAAUAUGUCAAUUCGGGAACUGUGACGCUGCUUUCCUUUUCUGUGGACUCUGAAUUCACUUUUGUCGAUUACAUCAAGGGAGGGACACAGCUGAACUUCACAGUAGCCAUUGACUUCACAGCUUCCAAUGGGAAUCCCCUGCAGCCCACCUCCCUGCACUACAUGAGUCCUUAUCAGCUCAGCGCCUAUGCCAUGGCCCUCAAGGCCGUGGGAGAAAUCAUCCAGGACUAUGACAGUGACAAGCUGUUCCCAGCUUACGGCUUUGGGGCCAAGCUGCCUCCCGAGGGACGGAUCUCCCACCAGUUCCCCCUGAACAACAAUGAUGAGGACCCCAACUGUGCGGGCAUCGAGGGCGUGUUGGAGAGCUACUUCCAGAGCCUGCGCACAGUGCAGCUCUACGGGCCCACCUACUUCGCCCCUGUCAUCAACCAGGUGGCCAGGGCUGCAGCCAAGAUCUCUGAUGGUUCUCAGUACUAUGUUCUGCUCAUCAUCACUGAUGGGGUCAUCUCUGACAUGACACAGACCAAGGAGGCCAUUGUCAGUGCCUCCUCACUGCCCAUGUCUAUCAUUAUUGUCGGUGUGGGACCAGCCAUGUUUGAGGCAAUGGAAGAGUUGGAUGGUGAUGACGUGCGCGUGUCCUCUAGGGGACGCUAUGCAGAGCGGGACAUCGUUCAGUUCGUCCCAUUCCGAGACUAUGUCGACCGGUCAGGGAACCAGGUGCUGAGCAUGGCCCGACUAGCCAAGGACGUGCUGGCCGAGAUCCCAGAGCAGCUACUGUCCUAUAUGCGCACCAGGGACAUCCAGCCUCGCCCUCCACCCCCUGCCAACCCCAGCCCGAUGCCAGCUCCAGAGCAUCCCUGAAUAGCCCACCUAUCCAAAGCCUAGCAGCCUGCUCACCUGCCCACCCACUGCUUCUGCUGAAAGCCAGAGGCACCUGGAACCCUGGACCUCACUGGGAGGCCAGCUUGGAGGAUCGGUACUGGCUGGUCGAGCCCUCUGCCCCCCUCAACCAUAGGAGGGCCUGGCACUCCUUGCCUUCA